AUGCCGUCUUCCGAGGACAGGGGCCGAAGUUUAAUUCGAGCCCGGUCCACAACAUCCAUUCAUACUGAAAGAAACCACCAGCAAGUGCCUCUAAAUCCUCAACGAGCGGCUUCCGUUCAUCAUUCAGGACAGACACCCAAAAUCCGUGAAGGGUCGUCAGAUUUACGUCAUACUGCCAUCCGGAAUGGACUUCGAAGGACAGCUUCUGGAAAUGUUGUGCCUUCCCUAGGUAAUCAGGGCCAAAUCAAUCAUCCUGGUCCAGUUCUCAAUAAGAACAUCCCAAUGGUUCCUCACGAAGCUCGCCCAGCACGGAAUUUGGGGAAUCGAUGGGCCAAUUUUACUAUAAACCAGCCUUUAGAAUCUCAGGAGUUAGCGUCUGAUCACCAGGACGGGGUUUCUGUUGUUCAUGAAGUACCUGUUGUUCAAGACGUACAUUUUGGUCAUGAUCUCACUACGGUGAAAGAAGUAGUUCCAACUUCUAAAGCUAGUAUAUCACCACUCACCUUUGUGAAAAAUAGCACGGGCGAGUCGUAUCCUACAGCGGCUACCACUGUGUUAACGACUCCUACGACCCCAACAACAGACAACAAGUUUGAAGAUUUACAUGUCGAUGACAGUAAGCUGAGCGAGAGCAGGUCGACUCAGACGAGUCGAUUCUACCACCGUAUGAGUGCUAUAAUCAGCGACCGCAGAAGUGAUCACAACUCCAUGAGCUCGCUAGUUCCGGUGAGCAGGUACAUUAGCGAGCUGGAUACUAGUGAUGAAGACGAUGACGAUGCUGAUACAAAGAACAGUAAGGAUGCAGAUGAUUCUCAGCACCAGGCGCUGACGAUGGACCAGGGCGAGCCGGUUUCUGUGUUGGAUAUUAUGAAUGAGAUAAAUGACUUCCAGACGACAUUGGUGGAGCGAAGAUCCCCACAAAAGGAGAAUUUCACAUUGUCUCGAACUCAACAGAAACUUCUUGAUCUAAAGGACUUGGCGACUUAUGAACAGGGUCAGCAGGGCACUACUUUCAAGAAUCUGCUUGAUUACGCAGUCAAGAUUCAGCAUGAGGCUAUACUUUCUGAAUGGACUCAGCUCCGGCUUCGAUUCCUGAGUCAUGCCACGACGAAGUCAGAAACGAAUGUAUCCUGUCGUGCAGGUGUUCUAGGGUUCGUACAUCGGUACAAGGAUGUUCAAAGAUCCGUCAGUCCGUCGUCCAUUACGGAGGACGAGGUCUCUGACUACAUUCAAGAAUUGUGGGAUGACGAGUUUAUGAAAUUAGUGGAAACCCCAGGUAGAAUUGCGCUGCCCACUUACGACGAAGGUGUAGAUAUAUAUAAGGACAACUCGAUGCUGAUGUCAUCGUUGGCACGGAGUGUGAUGUUGUCAAGGGAGAGCACAUAG